AUGAAUAUCUACAAGUUUCCUCUGUGUGUUGAUUUGAUACACUCACAGGAUAUCCCUUGCAAUCUACAAAGUUCUAAUGGCCCAGUGAAGAAGUCUAUGCGAGAGAAGGCUGUGGAACGCAGGAACAUUAAUAAGGAGCACAACAGUAACUUUAAAGCAGGAUACAUCCCAAUUGAUGAAGACCGUCUCCAUAAGACAGGAUUACGUGGCCGGAAAGGCAACUUGGCCAUUUGUGUGAUUGUUCUUCUCUUUAUUUUGGCUGUCAUCAACCUGAUUAUCACCCUGGUUAUUUGGGCAGUGAUUCGCAUCGGUCCCAAUGGUUGUGACAGUAUGGAGUUCCAUGAGAGUGGCUUGCUCCGGUUUAAGCAAGUUUCUGACAUGGGUGUUAUACAUCCCUUGUAUAAAAGCACUGUAGGAGGCAGACGUAAUGAAGACUUGGUGAUCACUGGAAAUAAUCAGCCUAUUGUAUUUCAGCAAGGAACAACCAAGCUCAGUGUGGAAAAAGACAAAACCUCUAUUACCAGUGAUAUUGGCAUGGAAUUUGUUGACCCACGGACACAAAAUACCUUGUUUAGCACAGACUAUGAAACUCAUGAGUUUCAUCUGCCAAAUGGAGUUAAAAUCCUGAAUGUUCAGAAGGCUUCUACAGAGAGGAUUACCAGCAACGCGACCAGUGAUCUAAACAUAAAGGUCGAUGGCCGUGCUAUCGUCCGUGGAAACGAAGGUGUUUUCAUCACAGGCAAGACCAUUGAGUUUCGAAUGGGGGGUAACAUGGAACUUAAAGCAGAAAACAGCAUUAUCCUGAAUGGAACUGUGAUGGUCAGCCCAUCACGACUGCCAAGUUCUUCUUAUGGGGAACAGUUUAAUAAUGGCAAUUGGCUGCGUUUCAAGCUCUGCAUGUGUGCAGAUGGGACACUGUUCAAGGUCCAGGUGACAGGUUAUAACAUGGGUUGUCAGACUCCUGUCAAUCCAUGCGGAGCCACGCACUGAAACCCAAACCAGUACCAGGAGAGUUCUCUUCUGUGUUUACAUGUAUUUGUAUGAAGUAAUUGCAUGCCUUCAAGGAUUUCUGGUUUUACAGCAGUUUAUACUAACGUUUGUUACAUAAUAUUUUUAAACAAAGGCUGUGAUGUUCAGCAGUAUUAUGUCACCAUCCUGUUAGCCAUAAUAGUGGCACUGCUGUAGUAAGCUUUCUGUCUACAUGUGUACUGAAGUACCUUCCUGAGUUGGGAUCAGUAGAAUAUAUUUCAAGAAUGUGAUCUUAG